ACUACUAUUUAUCUUUCCCAAUUUCACAUUCUCUUUUAUGUUUCCUCUGUCUCCCUCUCUUGUUCUCUGUGCUCCAUUUUCUUUCUUGAUACAGUUAGGUAGGGCUGCUCACCUUCUUCUUUUGUCGGAUUCUCUCUGCUACUAAAAUUCCUUCAUUUCCCAAAGUCCAACAAAUUAACUUUUUUAAAAAAUAAAUCACUUUCAAACCCCAUAAAAACCACAAUAUUAGACCCCAAAAAAGCAUAAAAGAAACAAAAACAACUUCUCAUAUUUUCCCAUCUUCUCUUGUAUUCUUGUUUUACUUCAAAUUUCAAACAAAUGAGAACAAUAAUGGCUAAGAACCAUCAUGAGUCCUUCUCUUUUUCAAGAAGGUACUUCAAUUUCAAGAAAAAAGUUGAGGAUGAAGAGUAUGAUGAUGAGGUUUACUUGACUGAUUUCCCCUCUUCUUCGCUUAGAGGCGAAGAAGAGUAUUUUGGAAUGCAUUCGUUGUCAACAACAGCGAAUGCAUCCACAGGAAAGAAACUGUCGCGAUCGACAGUUUCUAAACUUCGUUCUGCUCUUACAUUUGGUAAGAACAGAACUCAAAUUGGGCUUGGGACUAAAGUUGUUGGUACUUUAUUUGGGUAUAGAAGGGGACAUGUUCAUUUUGCAUUUCAAGAAGAUCCUAAAUUGGCCCCUGCAUUUUUUGUAGAAAUGGCCACUCCUACUAGUCAUUUGGUUAGAGAAAUGGCUUCUGGAUUGGUUAGAAUUGCAUUGGAAUCAGAUAAGAGGACUGGGAAAAAAAGUGUGAAAUUGCUAGAAGAGCCAAUAUGGAGGACAUAUUGUAAUGGUAGGAAAUGUGGCUAUGCAAUGAAAAGAGAAUGUGGGCCUGAAGAAUGGAAGAUUUUGAAUUCUAUUGGGCCUGUUUCAAUGGGUGCUGGAGUUUUACCAAGUGAUGGUGAUGGAAUUGGGUCAGAAGGUGAAUUAAUGUAUAUGAGGGCUAAAUUUGAAAGAGUAGUCGGGUCAAAAGAUUCUGAGGCCUUUUACAUGAUGAAUCCUGAUGGUCAUGGUGGUCCUGAACUUAGCCUUUAUUUGCUUAGGGUUUAAACUGUGGCGUUCAGAUCAACUUGCGCAUCUCAACUGUAUUAUCGAGCAUACGCCACCGACUUAUAUUCAUCGACUAUUUCACUAAGUACUUGUUAUAUGUAUUAUUACUAUAUGAGCAUAAGUUCUUAUGAAGACAUAAGAGGUUAGUUUUUAGUAUUUUUAUGAUGAAUUUGGAAGGGGGAAAUAUGGGUAUAAUUAUGUAUUUUUGGUUUGCUUUAUGUACUAUGAGGGAAUGGGGGAAACAAAUUAAUGAUAUGGAGGGGGUGUGUGAGCUAUAUAUGUAUAGAUUAUGUUUUCUAGUUUUGUUGAAGUUAAAGAUAAUGAAGUAAACUUUUGUA